AUUUAUGUGUUGUGGAGACAAUUAACCAAAGAAUUAACCUAAGGCAGGUAUCAAAACAAAAUCAAAUAAUCCUGGAUAAAAGAAGGACAUUAAGGUAGUGAUGCUUGGUGAUAAGGCUGUAGGAAAAAGUUCUAUUGCUUCAAGAUUCUGUUUUGAUAAGGUAUGCUAGUCUGUUUAAAAAAAUAUAAUAGUUUCAAUCAGAAUAUGAAAUAACGAUUGGUGGAGUAUACAAUAGUGUGGAGAUGAAUGUGAAAGGUAUUAUAAUAGUAUCUAAAUGGAUAGGUUAAAACUUAAAGAUCCAUUUAUGGGACACAGCAGGUGAAGAGAAAUUUAGAUCUCUACUUUCAUUGUAUUAUAGGGAUGCAAAUGCUGCUAUUAUUGUAUAUGACAUUACAUAAAGUGAUUCCUUUUCAUCUGUUUCAACUUGGCUUAAAGAAUUAGAAGAAAAAAUCUAAAAAGAUGGUAAGAAUAAUUAACAUAAUUGAGGAAUGGCUCUGGCAUUAGUAGGCAAUAAAUGUGAUUGCUUAGAAUCUGAAAGAAAAGUACCAAAAGCUAAGGCUACAGAUUUUGCAAAGUAGAAUAGUAUGAUAUUCUAUGAAACAUCUGCCAAAACAGGAGAAGGUGUUAAGAAUUUAUUUUAGCAAUUAAUUGAGACAUAUGUAUCAGAGAACAUGUGAAUAUUAAUCUUAAAUAUAAUUUGCAUUCCUA